CUUUUUAAAAGCUCAGAAAAUAGUAUGGGAGAUAUUUUCUGAAGGCCGAUACUAACGAUGAUAUCGUAUCAGAGAAUCCAAACUGUGUAAGAUUACGCAAUGGCUUUCCAGACAUAAAACCAUUUGGUCAAUGAGGAAAAAGAAAAUGAAAAGAACCAAACAAGUAUACUUCUCCCGUCAACUUUAUCCAAGUGGGUUCCUUGGAUACAAUUGCUUGGGUAUUUUUUGUCAACACCAUAUGUUUGUCUAUUUGUCUCUAUGAGUUAUUUGUCUUUUCAAUGAAUUGGAUCCACGCCUAGUGUACUGAUUUCCCCUGUUACAUUCUACUCUUUCACUUGUUAUCUAGUGUGUUAGGACUAAUAUGAUUUCUGGUGGCAACUUUAGCUAUAGAUAUUCAUCAUUCAUCAGUAAGGUUUUGGGUGGUUUGAACAUCGGAUGCUUAACCGAAAAUAGUUUCACUAGAUAAGGAGUUGAUAAUGUUCCAAGGAGAUACUUUAUCGACUUAAUUAUCAACAUCCUUUUUUAUAUAUAUAUUUUGUAAUUAUUAGUUUUACUUUAUAUGUUGGUCCCAACCCAGAUCAUAAGGAUUAACAGAUUAGCCCGUUAACCUAUUUAGCAAAUGGUAUUGUUGACAUUCUCAUUUCUUCUCUUUGUUCUUAGGCAUUCCUCCCAUUGUUUCUUUUUAUCUUGCAUUCUUUAGCAUGCCCCAACAAUGUGGAAGAACAUUCAUUGCAAUCAGAUGUUAUCUAAGGUUAGAAGCUACUCAAGAAUAGUUCCUCCACCACCUGCCUAUGCGAAACCAGUUGUCAGAGUCUCCAACAAUGUUGCCCAUUUGGGCUCUCCAAAAGACAGUCCCAAGCCACGCCAGCUCCUAUCCUUGCCCCCAUUUCCCCGCCUCCCUUUGCCUGGAAAGAAUAUGGUGGCAUCUCAUGUCACCGCUAUUAGUUGGCUGAAAUAUUACUUCAAUGAAAUCCCCGACUCUACAAUCCAAUCACAUUUUAACAAGGGCCUUGUCCAUAUGCAGUUGCCGAGUUGUAGUAACUCCAUCAAACAGGGAGGACCAACAUCUAUGAGAAAGAUUAAACCUAGUGAUGUUAUGGAGGAAGGAGCAAGAAUUCAUAUAUCUGUAUCAGUAGCCGAGACUAGCAUUUCGAAGAGGUUUGGCGUCAUACCAAGUGGAACUUUAUAUCCAAAUGCUGAUGAGAUUGAAUAUUUACAAAGGCUUGUCCAGUACAAGGAUUCAGCUCUAAUUGUCCUAAACAAACCCCCAAAACUACCCGUCAAGGGGAAUCUGCCAGUUCACAAUAGCAUGGAUGCAUUAGCGGCUGCAGCUUCUUGUGAUUAUGAUGAAGGCCCUAAAUUGGUGCAGCGCCUUGACGCAGAGAGCAGUGGUCUCAUUUUAUUGGGGAGAACAAGAGAAGGCAUUGGUCUUCUUCAGUGGUUAUUUAAUGACCAAAAUAAUCCAAUUUUCUGUUGUAAGGCUUGGAAUGAUGCACGUGAAGCAAUGUAUCAAAGGUAUUGGGCAUUGGUUAUAGGCACUCCCAAGGAAAAGGAAGGCUUAAUUUGGGCUCCUCGUUCUUUCUCAGUGCUUCUUAAUGAUGGGAAGACAGACAGAGUUGUCCUGGCUCAGCGUUCGGGUUUGGAGGCUUUAACUGAAUACCGAGUGUUAGGUCCUAAAAUAAAUGAAUGCUCGUGGAUUGAGCUACGUCCACUCACUAGCCGAAAGCAUCAGCUGCGGGUGCACUGUGCUGAAGCUCUUGGAACUCCCAUUGUUGGUGACUACAAGUAUGGUUGGUUUGUGCACCAGAGAUGGAAGCAAAUGCCUCAAGUUGAUAUUGAGCCAUUUUUUGCGAAACCAUACAAGUUGCGUAGGCCAGAAGGUCUAGAUGUUCAGAAGGGAAGUGUGCUGUCAAAGGUCCCCUUUUUACACCUCCAUUGUAGGGAGCUUGUGAUUCCAAACAUUGCAAAGUUUGUUGAUGUCUUAAAUCAAAAGUCUGAAAAGCUCUGCCAAGCACUUGAUGCAAAGCCGGAUCUUCUUCGGUUUGUGGCAUCAAUGCCCAACCACAUGAAAAUUAGCUGGAAUCUCAUGUCCUCGUAUUUGGUGUAAGGAUGUCAGGCAUUGCUUAUUCUUCCAAGUUUUGUAGAGCUUGACCCAUAUACAGUGUUAAACUUCUUGAAGGUGUAUCAAUAUUUGUUAUUUAUUUUGUUUUGUGAAUUCAAGUUCCUGAGCAGAUGGUAGUUUCCAUCCCAAGACAUGGAACUUUUCCAUAUUCUGAUAAAUGUUUUGGUUCGCAUUUGUCACAGGCAAUAAAAUUUAAAUUCCUUUCAGGCAAUUAAA